AAAUUUCACAAUUGGCACACCGGUCAUUCAUUUAUUGUUAUGUUCGUGCACAUAUAACGCAUACCUACUCCGCUUCUUUAUUAUACAUGUGUACCAUGAACGCACGCUUAUUUCUGUAUUUAGUCAGUUUUAUCACCCUGUCGGUUGCUGCGGACCCUCCUCUAGAGGAUGAAGAAACACGAGGAAAGGCGUACAUAAAGUUACUAAAUGAGAAAACAGCUACUCGAUUUAACCGGGAAACUUUAGCUUCUUGGAAAUAUGAUUCGAACAUUACAGAGCAAAAUUUAGAAGAGCAGCUUAAAGUGAGCACAGAAUCUGCCAAAGAAGCGAAAGAGGACUGGUUGAAAACAAUCAAAUUUGAUUGGGGAUCGUUUAGUGACUAUGAUCUACGGCGACAAUUCAAAAAGUUUUCAAUAUUGGGAAGGUCUGCCUUGCCGGAAGAGAAGUUUUUGAAGUUAGAGAAGAGUAUCAGCGAUAUGGAAACCAUUUAUUCCACUGCUAAAAUAUGCGAUUACAAUAAUAAAACAAACUGCGAUUUGUCACUGGAACCUGAAAUAACUGACAUACUAGCAACCUCCCGCGAUCCAGAGGAACUUAAGCAUGUCUGGGUUGAGUGGAGACGCAAAAAUGCCCCGGCGAGGGAAUUGUUUAAGGAAUAUGUAAAAUAUGUCAACGAAGUCGCAGUUCUAAACAAUUUCACAAGUAACACCGCAUACUGGUUGCAUAAUUAUGAAUCAUCUACUUUCGUUCAAGAAGUUGAUACUAUUUGGGAACAACUCAAACCACUGUAUCAACAAUUACACGCGUAUAUAAGAUUCAAAUUGCGACAGCGAUAUGGUAGUAUUGUUUCCAAAAGGGGUCCCAUACCGGCGCAUCUUUUAGGCAAUAUGUGGGCUCAAAGUUGGGUCAACGUUGCAGACUUUACUAUUCCAGACCCAUUGUCUCAGAGUGCCGACAUUACAUCAGAAAUGGUCAAACAAGGUUAUGACGCUACAAAAAUGUUUAAAAAGGCAGAAGAAUUUUUUGUUUCUUUAAAUUUGUCAAAAAUGACACCGGAGUUUUGGGAACAAUCGAUACUGGUCAAACCAAACGAUGGUAGAAAAUUAAUCUGCCACGCAUCCGCUUGGGACUUUUAUGAUGGAAAAGACUUUCGCAUUAAACAAUGUACAAGUGUCAGUUUCGAAGAUUUUAUCACCGCGCAUCAUGAAAUGGGGCAUAUUAUGUAUUUUAUGCAAUACAGGGACCAGCCACUCGUUUAUAGAGAUGGAGCAAACGAUGGUUUUCAUGAGGCAGUUGGUGAUGUAAUGUCGCUAUCAGUUUCAUCGACGAAACACUUGAAAGCAAUUGGACUUAUGGAUGCCAACACUCCUGAUAAUGAUGCAGUUGAUUUAAAUGCUUUGUUCAUGAUUGGUCUUGAAAAAAUUGCAUUUCUACCUUUUGGGUACCUAAUGGACAAAUGGAGAUGGGGUGUAUUUGACGGUAAUAUCACUUCCGAUGACUAUAAUUGCAAAUGGUGGGAAUAUCGCACUACCAUUCAAGGUGUGGAGCCACCAGUUGAUAGAUGUGAGGAGGAUUUUGACCCAGCUGCCAAAUACCACAUAGUAGCCGACGUACCGUAUUUGAGAUAUUUCGUAAGUUUUGUAAUACAGUUCGAAUUUCAUAAAGCAGCUUGUGAGUUGGCAGGCGAAUAUGAUCCUGAGGAUCCUACUAAACCAUUACAUAAGUGCGAUAUUUACAACAGUACGAAAGCGGGCGAAAAGAUAGCGAAAAUGUUGCAAAUGGGAAGUUCGCGUCCUUGGCCUGAUGCGAUGGAAGUUCUGACUGGUCAACGUAAAAUGGAUGCCAGUGGUUUAUUGGAAUUCUUUAGACCUUUACAUAAAUGGUUAGAAGAACAAAAUACGAAGAACGGUGCACAUAUUGGAUGGGAACCAAGUCAAAAAAAAUGUAUGAAUCCCUGUGAAUAAUCGUACUUUGAGCCGUUUUACAACUUAAAAAAAUAGCAUCUACUACCAAUAUAAAUAAAGAGUUUCAAUAUGCUGAAAUCUUAACCUUUGUCAAAUCUACCUAUAUGAAAG